AUGAGAACUAAAAGCAGUGAGCCGACCAAUGGGGUGCUGGGAAUGCCACAAGGUGACCGUGACAUCAGCCAAGAGCAAGAUGUGUCUGUUGCUGUGAAAAACAUGAAGGCCAAAGCUCACCAGAAGGAAGGAGAAGAUAAUACUGAGGUGACAUUCAACAAAAAGAAGGCAGUGAUGGAAUCUAAUGCAGGAGAAAAAGGUGGUGCUGUCAUGAACCUGUCCAGAAAGGAUCUGCUCACACUGCUGGGGAUUAUGGAAGGAGAGAUUCAGGCAAGAGAAGAUUUUAUCGGCAUGCUCAAGUCCAAAGAAACUCCCCAGGUGACUAUUGUACCAGCAGACAGCUGUGCAUCAGGUAGCUCAGCCUUCCAGGCGCUACAGAGGGACAGCCUCAUCACAGGCACACCACCACACACCCACAGUAUGUCCCAAAAGCCGAUGAUUGAGCUGGAGCGCCUGCAGGAGAAGCACAUGGAGACAUACAGGCGGAUGCUGGGUCAGCUGCUGCUCGCUGAAAAGUGCCACCGUCGUACUGUCCAUGAGCUGGACAGCGAAAAGCGCAAACAUGUCGAUUACAUGAACAAGAGUGACGACUUCACCAAUCUCCUAGAGCAAGAGAGAGAAAGAUUAAAGAGGCUGCUUGACAACGAAAAAGCGUACCAGGUGAAAAAGGAGAAGGAGCACUCCAAACGUCUAGCAAAGGUGCAAGAGGAGCUGGUGAAAUUGAAAUCCUUUGCCCUAAUGUUGGUCAAUGAGCGCCAACAACACCUGGAGCAAAUGGACCAACAGACUCAGAGGGUCCAGGAACUGAGCCAGCAGCUUAAGCAGCAAGGGAAGCUACUGAAUGAAGCCAAGGAGCAUGCGCAGGAGGAUGCCCACAGGGUUCUGGGCUUAGAGGCUGAGCUUAAAGAGAAAACUGUCACACUCGCUCAGCAGCAUGAAGAGAUGAACACUAAGCUUGCCAGUCAGGAGCUCCUCAACCGUCAACUCAAUUCAAAAAUUGUAGGGCUUUUGCAAACAGUGGAUGAGAUGGAGCAGAGCAAUAAGGCCUUGAAGAAAUCUGAAGAAGUGCAGGAGAGUGGGGACAAAAUGGGCCAUAGAGAGUGUGCAAACUCUAACUUAAUUACUGAACUAGAGAAUUUAAGAAAGCGUGUUCUGGAGAUGGAAGGAAACGACGAGGAGAUCACUCGAACUGAAAAUCAGUGCAAGGAGCUCAGGACGAAGCUAGAGGAGGAGAAUAACAAAAGUAAAGAACUUCGGAUCGAGGUGGAGAAACUUCAGAAAAGAAUGAUAGACUUAGAGAAACUUGAAGGUGCUUUUACCUUAAAUGAGACAGAGUCUGCUCAGUUGUAUGCUGCUUUAGAAAGAGAGAAGGGUCUGACCAAAGAGCUUUCCGAGGAAGUUGUGACACUCAAGAUCCGAAUGAAAGAGCUUGAGUCCUCUGAACUCAAGUUAGAAAAGUCUGAGCUCAACCUGAAGGACGAUUUAGGUAAACUGAAGUCAUUGACUGUAGCUUUAAUGGAUGAACGCAAGGCUUUGGUGGAAAGAAUGACGUGUGAUGAAAAGAAAAAGGAGGAUUUGACUAAGAUGGUCAAAGAUGAGCAGAGUAAGGUUAUGGAGGUGACAGAGAAACUGAUAGAUGAAAGCAAAAAACUCUUGAAGUUCAAAUCAGAAAUGGAAUCAAAGGUCGAUAGUCUGACAACAGAAAAGAGGGACCUCAACACUAAACUUGCAUAUGAAACCGAUAAAACAAAGGAUCUUCUUUUAAAGGUUAGUCAAAUGAAGAAAAGGAUGGAUGGGUUGGAGCAAGCAGAAAGACUGUCCGCAAACAAAUUGGCAGCAACUGAUGCUGGAAAAAGAGAAGAUAACAAAAUAAAAGAGCUAACCUUUGAGCUUGAGCGCUUAAGAAAUCGCCUUAAGCAGCUUGAAGUGGUUGAGGGAGACCUGAUCAAAACAGAAGAUCAGUAUGAUAUUUUGGAGAAAAGGUUUAUAACAGAGCAAGACAAAGCUAACAUACUUUCCCAGCAAGUGGAGGCCAUGAGGAGCCAGAUAGCACGGAACAAAGCGAUUGAGAAAGGAGAGGAAGACAGCCAGGAGGAAGACCUGCGACAACGAUACAAGAGAGAGGAGGCCAAAACCAGGGAGAUGCAGGCGGAUGUUGUAGCUCUAAAGGAAAAAAUACAUGAGCUUAUGCACAAGGAAGACCAGCUUUCUCAACUGCAAGUGGAUUACUCAGUUCUACAGCAAAGGUUCUUUGAAGAGGAAGAGAAAGCCAAGAGCAUGGGCAUCGAAGUUCUCCAUCUGACCAAAGAACUGGAGGUAGCAAAGCGUCACAGUCGUGCACUAAGGCCAAGUCUGAAUGGUAGGAGAAUGGUGGAUGUUGCUGUCACAUCCACUGGAGUGCAGACUGAGGCAUUGUCCAAUGGACCAACAGAGGAAGAUACUCCAGCUGGUUUUAUCAGAAAAUCUGUUCAAGAAGAGAAUCACAUCAUGAACAAUAUAAGGCAAAAGAGCCUGAAGAAGCCAGCAGAAAAGAACGGUGCUAUUGAUCGUUCCUCUUCAUCUGGAAGUGAUCUCAGUAUUAAGAAAUCCUGGAUUCCUUGGAUGAGGAAGAAAGAUAAUUCACAAGAAAGUAGCCUGGAAAAAACACAUAGUGGAAAUGCAAAUUUGACGAUGUCCCACAAGCAAGGGCAGCCUUUACACAUCCGGGUGACACCGGACCACCAAAACAAUAUGGCCACACUUGAAAUCAGUAGCAACACUGUUGAGGACGUUUUCUCAACAACAGCUCCACUAAAUACUAACCAAUUACAAGCUAAAUCCAGAAUUACAAUCAUUCCAACACAUUCUGCUACGGUUCGGGGAAAGUCCACCAAUGGACCACAGGGUCCAGAAAGAACCAAAUCUCCAGUCACUAUCACAACUAUUUCCAGAGCUAAGUCCCCAGACAGCAGCCAAGCUUCAUGUCCUACUUCAGGCAGGCCAAUGUCUCCUGUCACCAUCAUGACAGUAAGCACUUCGCCAGUGCCUGAUGCAGCUUCCUCCCCAGAAGAGAUGACCAUGGGCCGGGCUGUCUUCAAGGUUACCCCUGAAAAGCAGAUGGUCCCAGUGUCUAUAAGAAAGGGUCAAAAUAGCACAAGCAUUAUCACCACUGACGAUAACAAAAUACAUAUUCAUCUAGGUAAUAAUCUGACCCCAAAGGUGUUAGCCAGACCAGUGUCUUCUGUAACUGAGAGCAAGGAACUGACAUUGUCUACAGGGACAGUGUUACGCUCACCUCGCCAAAUUACCACAACUCGGACCACACAAAACAAAGUGAUGAGCACUAUUACCAUUUCUCCUGUUGCUCCAACUGCUACCAGAUCCACACAAAGCAUGUGUGGGCAUGAUUCCCAGGCCCCUCGUACAGGGCUGACCCGCAUCCCAAUGUCCAAGAGCCUGAAAACAGGGAAGACAGUUCUCGGUUCCUUGGGCAUAUCGAGUGGAGUGAAGGCAGAGUCGCGAGCUGAGAGUCAGUCGAUGAGGAUAGAAGUUAAGAAAUCAGCAGUAAAUGGCAUUAAUUAUCAAAAUGGAGGCAAAGGUUGA